AUGUCCAUCCCGAAUCUCUCAGUACAUUUCCGGCUUCCUCCUCGCAAAGUCUUCGAUUGGCCUCCUAGUGAUGCCUGGCAAGCAGCUUUUCCCUACACAAAGACCAAAACAACAUGGACUCACCCCAUUGAGAUUCCCUCCUUUGUUUUUCGCUAUCUUGCAGACGUCAAAGCACCUAUCACAGUAGCCUCGAUCUACAUAAUGACUGUCAUGAUACUUAACGGCUUGAAUAAGACCCGAGGCAAUCGACCUUGGGCAUUUGCUAAGACAGCGCCUUUCAAGUUCUUGGUGAUACUGCACAAUAUAUUCCUUGCUACAUUCUCAGCAUGGACACUCGCUGGUCUCUGCUUUGUGCUUUGGAAUUGCUGGCCAUCCGUGUCAGAUCCGAACUUUGUCGCUCGUGUUGCGAGUACAAUCUGUCAAAUCACUCCCACGGAUGAAUUCGGGGAACGUCCUGAACUGCUGGGUCGCAUGCCAAUGACCUUGUUGGACCAUUCGAGUUACCUAUGGAGUGCCGGCGCUGGCUAUAUUUCGUGGUUCUUUUACAUAUCCAAGUUUUAUGAAGUGGUCGAUACUUUCAUAAUCCUUGCAAAAGGAAGACAAAGCUCAUAUCUCCAAACAUACCACCAUGCCGGCGUCAUGCUCUGUAUGUGGGCAGGCGUCCGAUACGCAUCACCGCCUGCUCUUGUCGGUGUUCUUCUCAAUUCCGCAAUCCAUACUUUGAUGUAUACGUAUUUCUCGAUGACGGCAUUGGGCCUGCGGGUGUCCGUGUCUAUCAAGAGAUCUUUGACGACUUUGCAAAUUGGCCAAUUCCUUGUCGGUGCAGCUAUCGCCAGCAGCUAUCUCUUCAUUGAAUACGACAUUGCGACAAGCAAAAUUACAGGUCUAGAAGAAGCCCGUCUGGCAAAAUUAAGAUAUAAUAAUGUUCAGCCAGUCAUGAGUAGCCCUCAUGACAGCACUUCAUCUGUGCCCGUUGACCGGUCGAUUUUUGAGGUCCAAGCAACUCCAUGUCUAUGGAAUAGUGGGCAGACAAUUGCACUAUUUAUGACUCUGGUAUACCUGGUUCCCUUGGUUUACCUUUUCGCAUCCUUUUUCAGUCGUUCAUAUGUCAAGCGUGUCAGGAAGAUUAGCUAA